UUUGACAUUUCCGUGAUCACUUUUGAUCAGGUGGUGGAGUUGAAAGACGUGAUAAGUCGUCAGAGGAGAUACGAAAAAAAAACUUAAAAGUCUUCUAAAUGACCUAGAAGAGUGCUGCUGUUGCAUGCUGUGUCCAGUUUAAUAUCCAUUAGUAAUUAUGCUGCGAACUGCCGUUGUUAGAGGUAAUUUACUUCGCCAGCCGAUAAAAAAGGCGAUCCGAUCGAAUAUUACGAGGACUUUCACUGUUGAGGCUUCAAAGAGAAAACAUUUUAAUAGCAAGGUCUCCUUAUUGCAAACAGAAAAACAUUUAAUAUGGCAACAGCGAAUUUUAAGGAGGUACUCCAGCAAUCUUCCGGCACACACGAAAGUCACGCUUCCUGCAUUGUCUCCUACGAUGAACAUGGGUAACAUCGUCAGUUGGGAGAAGAAAGAAGGUGACAAGCUGCAGGAGGGCGAUUUACUAGCCGAAAUCGAAACAGAUAAAGCGACUAUGGGGUUUGAAACACCAGAGGAAGGGUAUUUAGCGAAAAUAUUAGUGCCAGCGGGCUCCAAAGAGGUCCCGAUUGGAAAAUUAGUGUGCAUUAUUGUAGAAAACGCAGCUGAUGUUGCUGCAUUUAAGGAUUACAAAGAUGACAGCGCACCAACAGGAGCAGCACCUUCUCCUGCACCACCCUCCCCCGCUCCACCUACUCCAAUGCCACCUCCUCCUGCUUCACCUCCACCACCUACAGCAAUUCCACUCGUCCAGCCAUCUCCAGCAGCCGCAGGGGAUCGAGUGUACGCUAGCCCCAUGGCGAAGAGAUUAGCGGAACAACGUCAAAUCCGGUUGGAAGGCAAAGGUAGCGGAUUGUUCGGUUCGAUCACAUCAAGUGACCUCGAUAAACUUGCAGUCGCCGUAUCUGAUGCGGCACCGGCCGCUAAACCGAAGACCGUUGUCGUUCCAGCCGGUGCGGCCUACAUUGAUAUUCCACUCACCAAUAUGAGAUCUGUCAUCGCCAAGAGAUUGCUAGAGUCGAAAACGACCGUCCCUCACUACUACGUCACUGUCGAUAUUAAUAUAGAUAAACUACUCGCCCUUCGUCACAAGAUCAACAAGAAGAAUGAGAAGCACGGGCCUAAAGUUAGCGUGAAUGAUUUCGUUGUGAAAGCGACUGCGCUUGCAUCCGUUGCUCAUCCUGAGGUCAACAGUGCGUGGAUGGGAACGGCGAUACGACAGUACAGUGAUGUGGACGUGAGCGUCGCAGUCUCCACCCCCACCGGCCUUAUAACACCGAUUAUCUUCCGUGCCAAUAGCAAAGGCAUUAACACCAUCAGUAAAGAAGUUAAGGAAUUGGCGGGAAAAGCGCGCGAAGGCAAACUGCAGCCGGCCGAAUUUCAAGGCGGCACAAUCUCCGUAUCCAAUUUGGGAAUGUACGGCGUGACCCACUUUACCGCCAUCAUUAAUCCACCGCAGAGCGCGAUUUUGGCAAUCGGCGGUAAUCAAACGCGUCUCAUUCCGGAUGACAAUUCCGAAAAAGGCUUCAGGAAGGCGCACUUUAUAAGUGUGACGUUAAGUAGUGAUCACAGGGUGGUCGAUGGCGCGAAAGCUGCCGAGUGGUUGGGCGUGUUCCGAGAGUACCUCGAAGAUCCGGAGAUGAUGAUCUUUUAGUUCAAUCUACAUUUAAUUGUCGGUUCAUUUUAAAAAAAUUAAACUAAGGCUAAAGUUGGAUAGAUACGAAACCGUCUGCUUCAUAUACAUAUUUAUUUACAUUUUGUUUGCAUUUUGCACUGUCUAGCCCUUUUAGAACAAUUUUGUAUAUACUCUCGAAUGGGAUAAUUAUGCUGUUCAGCAGCUAAACUGAGUUGUAGACAUCUGUAACUUAUUUGUAAAUAAAAGUAAUUGUUUGAUGUU